AUGGUCCCAAAUGAAACCUACCAGCAUAUGGGAAUUGUGCAGUUACUUCAGCAUUUUGGAUGGACGUGGAUUGGGCUCUUGGCUGUGGAUGAUGACAGAGGGGACAGGUUUUUACAGACAAUUGUGCCAAUGCUUUCCCAGAAUGAUAUCUGUUCUGACUUCAUAGUAAGAUUGCCAAAAUGGAAUUACCUAGAUGAAAUUCUAAACAGGAUUUUACAGCAAUGGGAAUAUUAUGAAGUGAUCUUCAAUAGAAAAGCCAAUGUGUACUUUGUAUAUGGAGAACCUCCAUCCUUUCAAGGCUUGAGACUGUUGCUGUUUCUAGCACCAUUCUUCAAACUGCCACCUCUGGGCAAAGUGUGGAUUGUAACUUCCCACUGGGAUUUUGAAUCACUCUCUAUUCAAAAGAUAUGGGAUAUACAAGCCUUCCAUGGUUCUAUAUCCUUCACUGUGCACUCAAAUCAGCCAGUAGGAUUCCAAAGGUUCAUUCAGAUGGUAAAACCUUCCUGGUCAAAAUAUGAUGGUUUUAUCCAGGACUUCUGGGAACAGACAUUCAACUGCUCAUUAAAAAUGCCUACAGAAAAUAAAGUGGAAGAAAAGAAAACCUGCACAGGGGAGGAGAAACUGGAGAGCCUUCCUGGAAUUUUGUUUGAAAUGAACAUGGUUGGCCACAGCUACAAUGUCUACAAUGCUGUCUAUGCUGUGGCACAUGCUUUGUAUGCCGUAUACAAAUCCUAUUUCAGACACAGAAGAAUGGUAGAUGGAAGAAAAUAUGCAUUUCCAGAGGUGCAACCAUGGCAGGUCCAUCACUUUCUAAAGCACAUUAUAUUCAACAACAGUGCUGGAGACAGUGUGUACUUCAAUGAAAAUAGAGAAUUAGUUACUGGUUUUGAUGUUACAAACUGGAUGCUCUUCCCUAAUGGCUCAGUGGUUAGAGUGAAAGUUGGAAGUCUGAAACCUCAGGUUCCUCCAGCCAAACAGUUAACCACUAAAGAUGACCAAAUUACAUGGCACCCAUGCUUUAAUCAGGUGCUUCCUAUUUCGGUAUGCAAUGACUACUGCUAUCCUGGAUACAGCAGGAAAAAGAAGGAGGGGGAGAAAUUUUGCUGCUAUGAUUGUUCUCAAUGUCCAGAAGGGAAGAUUUCUUACCAGAAUGACAUGGAUAACUGUGUCAGUUGUCAAGCAGACCAGCAUCCCAACAAUGACCAAACUCGAUGCAUUCCCAGGGUUAUAAGCUACCUCUCUUACAAAGAAGACUUAGGGAUCCUCCUAGUUAUCCUUGCCAUUUCUUUCUCUCUGAUCACAACAUUAGUACUUGGGACUUUUGUGAAGUACAAGGACACUCCCAUCGUCAAAGCCAACAACCGGACUCUCACCUACAUCCUCCUUGUAGCCCUACUCCUUUGCUUCCUUUGCUCCUUUCUCUUCAUUGGACAGCCUGGAAAGGUGACCUGUCUUCUCCGACAAACAGCUUUUGGCAUCAUCUUUUCUUUGGCCCUUUCCUCUGUUCUGGCAAAGACCAUCACUGUGGUAGUGGCAUUCAUGGCAACCAAACCUGGAGGCAAGAUGAGGAAAUGGGUGGGGAAAGGAUUGUCUAAUUUUAUUGUCCUUGCCUGCUCCUUUAUUCAAGCUGGUAUUUGUACUUUAUGGUUAAGUACUUCACCUCCAUUCCCAGAUAUAGAUACACACUCAUUGAGUGGGGAAAUGAUAUUGGAAUGUAAUGAGGGCUCAGCUACCAUGCUUUACUGUGCCUUCGGUUAUAUGGGCAUCCUAUCCAUUGUGAGCUUCAUUGUGGCUUUCUUUGCCAGAAAGUUACCCGACACUUUCAAUGAAGCCAAAUUUAUCACUUUCAGCAUGUUGGUGUUUUGCAGUGUUUGGUUGUCUUUUGUUCCAACCUACCUGAGCACUAAAGGAAAAUACAUGGUAGCUGUGGAGAUCUUCUCCAUCUUGUCCUCUAGCGCUGGCUUACUGGGUUGCAUCUUUUCCCCUAAAUGCUACAUAAUUGUGUUGAGGCCUGAGAUGAACACCAGGGAGCAACUAACCAGGAGGGAAAAAAAUGAAAGAAUAUAA